UCUCACAUGCACUCCUCAGAGGCAGGAAAUGCUUCCCAGGCAAUCUGGGCCUGCUUGUGGAGGCCCCUUUCGCAAGACAUCAGUCUGAAUUGAGUGGACAGAAGUCACUAAGAACGCCUCGACAGACUCCUGCUUUAGCCAAGGCUCCCUCCAGCUGCAGAGGGUGUUUUUGUGAGAAUCACACUCUGCGUGAAACUGCUUAGAAUAGAGCCAUGAUCUCAACCACGAAAUGUGAACUUAUAUUUUGGAGGAACUCACGGGGACGGACUCCUUUCCUAGCCUGAGUGUUGAACAAUGUCAUGCCUGGGCGUUUCAGCUGCUCGUUGUCUAGGUGGUGAAAUGACAAAACUCACUCUCUUCUUCAGUCAGUGCGUAUGAAGUCAUCUUUCAUCAAGUUCCAUCUCCUUUAGUCUCAUACGGAACGUAUCUCUCUAACUGCUGUUAAACUACGAUGACAUGUCUGUAGCUAUCAGAAAGAGAAGCUGGGAAGAACAUGUGACCCAAUGGAUGGGACAGCCUUUUAAUUCUGAUGAUUAUAACCCAGCAUGUCAUCAUGGACUAGUAGCUGACAGCUUGCAGGCAAGUAUGGAAAAAGAUGCAUCUUUAAAUGUGGAUCGUAAAGAGAGGUGUGUUUCACUACCGGACUGCUGCCAUGGUUCAGAGCUGAGAGACUUUCCUGGGAGGCCCAUGGGUCACAUUUCAAGGGAGGUGGAUGAAAAUGACAGCCACGAAGGUGAAGAUCAGUUUCUUUCUCUGGAGGCCAGCACAGAAACACUAGUGCAUGUUUCUGAUGAGGAUACCGAUUCCGAUCCAUAUAUUACAGAUGAUAAACAGAUGUUAACUGCCCAAGGACAAAAAAUAUCAGACAAACAGAGCAACAGAGGAGCAGGCUCCUCAGUAAAGAUGCUGCCCAUCAUAGAAGGUCACCCAAGUAAUUCCUGGAGAAUGGCUGCUGGAUCUGACUCAGCACUGGUAGAAGAAAGGGGGGAGAAAAAAGUUGUUGACAUUGUAAGUGAAAGCCUGGAGCUUUGUAAUGAUAUAAGCUUAAGUGAAAGAAAAGAUGCAUCUAAUAAGAUAAAUGCAUGUGACUCUUCGAAUGUGAAAGAUAUUGUGCCUGAGAAGCAAUUGUUUAAUUCUGCUGUAAUUGCUCAGCAACGAAGGAAACUUGACUUCCCUAAAGAUGAAUAUGGAAGAAACACCUGCAAUGUAGUACAGGGUGAGUUCUCGGCUCUUCCUUGCAUGGACAGAGGACUGCCGUUAUUAAAAGCAGAUUCUGGAAGCUGCCUCCUGCAACCUCCUUCCUGCCCUAGUGGAAUGUCAGCUGAAAAUGGCCUCAAGAAGAGUGGUUUCUCAGAACAUCAAAACAAAAGUCUCCCACAGGUCGGCUCAGGAGAUGGCAUGCAGUGUUUACACUUAAAGGAAACUCUGGCCACCCAGGAGCCCACAGACAACCCCGUCAGGCUUCGCAAAAGAAAGGAAAUAAGAGAAGAUCGAGAUAGGGCGCGGCUGGACUCCAUGGUGCUGCUAAUUAUGAAACUGGACCAACUUGAUCAGGACAUUGAGAAUGCCCUCAGCACCAGCUCCUCUCCGUCCAGCACACCAACGAACCUGCGGCGGCACAUUCCUGAUCUGGAGUCAGGAUCUGAGAGUGGAGGAGAUACCAUUUCAGUAAAUCAGACACAAAUAAAUUUGUCUUCUAACUCUGAAUCUACCGACCUACCAUCUUCCAGCCCAGUGGCCAGUUCUGGAACCAAACCCAAGUCUACGGCACUUCCAGGUAUUUCAGACAAGGAAACAGCUGAAAUUGAAGCCAAGGAAGCUUGUGAUUGGCUACGGGCAACUGGUUUCCCCCAGUAUGCACAGCUUUAUGAAGAUCUUCUGUUCCCCAUUGAUAUUUCCUUGGUCAAGAGAGAGCAUGAUUUUUUGGACAGAGACGCCAUUGAGGCUUUAUGCAGGCGUCUAAAUACUUUAAACAAGUGUGCGGUGAUGAAGCUGGAAAUUAGUCCUCAUCGGAAGAGAAGUGAGGAUUCGGACGAGGACGAGCCUUGUGCAAUCAGCGGCAAAUGGACUUUCCAGAGGGACAGCAAGAGGUGGUCCCGGCUGGAAGAGUUUGAUGUCUUUUCCUCAAAGCAGGACCCAGCCCCCGGGGCCGCCGACGACACCCACCUGAAGAACGCGGCGAGCCACGAGAGCAUGCUGACGGAGCUCAGCGAGCGCCAGGAGGUGGCUUCGGUCCUCAGCCUCAGCAGCACGGGCAGCCUCCCCGUGCACGCGCCCCACGCCGGGGACGCGGCGACGCCCCGGACCAACUCGGUCCUCAGCGUCUGCUCCUCCGGCAACUUCGUAGGCAACGAUGACUCGUUCUGCAGCCUGCCGUCUCCCAAGGAACUGUCGGGCUUCGGCUUCAGCCUGAAGGGCCCCGAGAAGAACGCCAAGUCCAAGACGCGCAGCCUGCUGAAGCGCAUGGAGAGCCUGAAGCUCAAGGGCUCGCACCACGGCAAGCACAAGGCGCCUUCCAAGCUAGGGCUGAUCAUCAGCGGGCCCAUUCUGCGGGAGGGGCUGGACGAGGAGAAGCUGAAGCAGCUGAACUGCGUGGAGAUCUCCGCGCUCAACGGCAACCACAUCAACGUGCCAGCCGUGCGCAAGCGGAGCGUCUCCAACUCCACGCAGACCAGCAGCAGCAGUAGCCAGUCGGAGACCAGCAGCGCCGUGAGCACGCCCAGCCCGGUCACCAGGACCCGGAGCCUCAGCGCCUGCAACAAGCGGGUGGGCAUGUACCUGGAGGGCUUUGAUCCAUUCAGUCAGUCCACUUUCAACAGCGUUACGGAACAGAACUUCAAGAACCGCGAGAGCUACCGGGAGGACGCCGUGUUCUACAUCCCGGAAGAUCAUAAGCCUGGCACUUUCCCCAAGGCCCUCUCCAAUGGCAGUUUCUCUCCCUCAGGGAAUAACAGCUCCGUGAACUGGAGGACUGGAAGCUUCCACGGCCCCGGCCACAUCAGCCUGAGGAGGGAAAACAGCAGCGACAGCCCCAAGGAGCUUAAGAGACGCAAUUCCUCCAGCUCCAUGAGCAGCCGCCUGAGUGUCUAUGACAACGUGCCGGGCUCCAUCCUCUAUUCCAGUUCAGGGGACCUGGCCGACCUGGAGAACGAGGACAUCUUCCCCGAGCUGGAUGACAUCCUCUACCACGUGAAGGGGAUGCAGAGGAUCGUCAACCAGUGGUCAGAGAAGUUUUCGGAUGAGGGAGACUCUGACUCAGCCCUGGACUCGGUCUCUCCGUGCCCGAGCUCUCCCAAACAGAUACACCUGGAUGUGGACAACGACCGAGCCACGCCCAGUGACCUGGACAGUACGGGCAACUCCCUGAAUGAACCCGAAGAGCCCUCGGACAUCCCGGAAAGGAGGGAUUCUGGGGUUGGGGCCUCCCUGACCAGGUCCAAUAGGCACAGGCUGAGAUGGCACAGUUUCCAGAGCUCCCAUCGGCCGAGCUUAAAUUCUGUGUCACUGCAGAUUAACUGCCAGUCGGUGGCCCAGAUGAACCUGCUGCAGAAAUACUCGCUCCUAAAGUUAACCGCCCUGCUGGAGAAAUACACACCUUCUAAUAAGCAUGGCUUUAGCUGGGCUGUGCCCAAGUUCAUGAAAAGGAUCAAGGUCCCAGACUACAAGGACCGGAAUGUGUUCGGGGUCCCUCUGACGGUCAAUGUGCAGCGCACGGGACAGCCCCUGCCCCAGAGCAUCCAGCAGGCCAUGCGCUACCUCCGCAACCACUGUUUGGAUCAGGUGGGGCUUUUCAGAAAAUCCGGUGUCAAAUCCCGGAUCCAGGCUCUGCGCCAGAUGAAUGAAAGUGCCAUAGAUUGCGUCAGCUAUGAGGGACAGUCUGCUUAUGAUGUGGCAGACAUGCUCAAGCAGUAUUUUCGAGACCUUCCUGAGCCGCUAAUGACGAACAAGCUCUCAGAAACCUUUCUACAGAUCUAUCAGUGUGUGCCCAAGGACCAGCGCCUCCAGGCUAUCAAGGCCGCCAUUAUGCUCCUGCCUGAUGAGAACCGGGAGGUCCUACAGACCCUCCUUUACUUCUUGAGCGACGUCACAGCAGCUGUAAAAGAAAACCAGAUGACUCCCACCAACCUGGCUGUGUGCCUAGCGCCUUCCCUUUUCCACCUCAACACCCUGAAGAGAGAGAAUUCUUCUCCAAGGGUAAUGCAAAGAAAACAAAGUUUGGGCAAACCAGAUCAGAAAGAUUUGAAUGAAAACCUCGCUGCCACUCAGGGUCUGGCCCAUAUGAUUGCUGAGUGCAAGAAGCUUUUCCAGGUUCCUGAGGAAAUGAGUCGAUGUCGGAAUUCCUACACAGAACAGGAGCUGAAGCCCCUCACUCUAGAAGCACUGGGGCGCCUGCAUCACGACGAGUCGGCUGACUACCAGCACUUCCUCCAGGCCUGUGUGGAUAGCCUGUUUAAAGAGGUCAAGGAGAAGUUUAAAGGCUGGGUCAGCUAUUCCACAUCUGAGCAGGCCGAGCUCUCCUAUAAGAAGGUGAGCGAAGGACCUCCCCUAAGGCUUUGGCGGUCCACCAUCGAAGUCCCUGCCAUGCCUGAGGAAAUCUUAAAGCGCCUCCUCAAAGAACAGCACCUCUGGGACGUAGACCUCUUGGAUUCCAAAGUGAUUGAAAUCCUGGACAGCCAAACGGAAAUUUACCAGUAUGUCCAAAACAGUAUGGCGCCCCACCCUGCCCGGGACUACGUGGUUUUGAGAACAUGGCGGACUAAUUUACCGAAGGGCGCAUGUGCCCUUUUACUCACCUCCGUGGAUCAUGACCGGGCACCUGUGGUGGGGGUGAGAGUCAAUGUGCUUCUCUCCUGGUAUCUGAUCGAACCCUGCGGGUCGGGGAAAUCCAAACUCACCUACAUGUGCAGAGCCGACUUAAGGGGCCACAUGCCAGAGUGGUACACAAAAUCUUUCGGACAUUUGUGUGCAGCCGAAGUCGUGAAGAUCCGAGACUCUUUCAGCAAUCAGAACACUGAAACCAAAGACCCCAAAUCUAGGUGAUGACUGAAGCCGAGCGGCUGUGUCCACCGUCCGGACGUUUGUUUCUGGAAGCCCUUUGCCGGUCCUUGGAAGAAUGGGUUCUGAGUCUAGUCCUGAAACUAAGACAGCUAGAAGUUGGAGUGUGGGGAUCCCCUGUAGCGAUUUUAAGACGUUUUUAAAGCUGCUUCCUGUUUGUUGAAGGUCUAGAUUAUAGACCUUGCCUGGAAUAUAUAAGACUGUGCA